AUGGGGUUGCUAGCACCUGUCGUGGUCGUUGUCGAUGUGUCGUCGCCGGGUUGCGUUGUUGUGUUGUUGCGCCGUGUCGACAUCUGUGGGACGUUGGCGAGGGGUGGUGGUGGUGGUGGUGGAAGGGAAAGAGAUGGUCACGCAGAUGUGACGAUGCCGCAGAAGGCAAACAUGACAUCUAAUUUCGCUUUUUUGGUAGUAAUUGAUAUCCAUAAUCCAGUGGAAUCCAGUGGACUGGACUGGACUGGACUGGACUUGAGUCCAGUGGACUGGGCAUUGUGCAAGCCAAUCUGGCCUAGCAACUGGGCCACUGGAAUCCACUGGACUCCACUGGACUCCACAUGGAUUACGUGGGGGAUGAGGACAGGUGCUCAUUGUUUCAUGUGGACAUCAUGCAAUGGUCAUCAAUUAAUUGUCAAAAACUCAUUGGAAACCCAGCCUGGGACAAUCCGCAUUUUGGCAGCAUUUGUGUCCCAGAAGUCUGUUUUUGUCCUCUGUGACUUUUGUGGCUUUGCUCACAUGCAUGUCAAGAGCAGGAACAGGCUCUGGACCCAGGAGGACUUCAAAGUUGGGACUGAGCACCAACACACCCCUGAAGCUCACCGGAUCCAGAAUUUGGCAGAAGUGGACUCAGAUCUCAACACUACACUCUGCGAGGUAUUCCAGGGUACCUUGACUGUGUGGAGGUUCCUAAAGAACUAUACCUCAAGUUUUAAGGGAGAGCCUUCUAGAUCAAAGACAUGCCAUUGCACUGAUUCCAUUCUUCAGACCACAUUAGCUAUACAAACUGACCUCACUAAACCUAAUUAUAAAACAAUGGUUGGCUCUGAUCAGUUCUGUGAACUUGUUCUGAAUCAGAUUUUGGAACCAACUGUUGAUCACAAUGGAGGUCAUCCUGCUAAGAGGCAUCAAAAUGGACCUGGGAGGCCUAGGAAUUAUAAACCUACCUAUAAAAGCAAGAAGAACUCUGUGCCUCAUAUCAAGACAUGGAUCAUUGUAUCUGAUGAGCCUGGUUGUGUGCUGAGUGAUGGUGACGAUGAUGAUUAUUAUAACCCUGGUGAUGCAGACCAGUAUGGGGAUGCCAAGGCUGCUCUGGAAACAUCAUGGAGGUGGAGUUUACCCAACUAUGUCAUGGAGGAUCUUUCAACAAGAGGUGUUGUUGCUAGGCUCAAGCAAGCUCUUCAGCAAGAUGUUGCAGGAGCAAGUCUCUUGGAUUACUUGCCAUUCAUAACUGAAUCACCUGAAGUUCAAGCUUUGAUAGACUUAGAGAGAGAAUCAAGGGAGAUGGUGAACAAAGACCAGCAUCUGGGGGAAAAGCCUGUGUUAAUGAUCCAGAGAGCCAAGGCAAAAGCUAUCUUGGACAAGGGUGAAGCCCUUAUGGAUGCAAAUAUUGCACCCUUCCUCCAACAGACUCAAAUUCAUAUAAAUAAGGUAACUGCCUACACCUCCCUGUGCAUAAUUUAUUUAUUUUCAAUGGAUCACAAACAAUGUUUGUUUGGUGAACAUGCUCACCAAACAUGGCCACUCUCUUCUUCCACCACAACCACCAUGCUCGUCACCGCCGCCAACGCCACGCCAUCACCGUCACCCAUAGCCACCACCGCCAACAUCGCUCCUCGAUCACCCAUGGCCACCACGACCACCAACAUCAACCACAACACCCUUCAACAACAACGUGGCGACGCCACGUCACGAAACAACGAGUGCUGUAACCCACGAAAACACCCAACGCCCACGAAAACAACGCCCCCAGACACAAAACGACACCCAACGGGCACAAAACGACGCUCACCGCCCAUGUACACCGCCAGCGCCCACGAAAACCAUACCCCGCCCACGAAAACAUCCCACCACCCACCGAAAAACAUGAGCGCCCACCGAAAAACACGCGCCGCCCACCGAAAAACAUGCACCGCCCACACGACAUACGAUGGCACCACGCCGCCUACCAAAACCACCACGUCCACACCAACGCCACCCACAACGACGCCCCCAACGGCAACCAGCGCCCACGACGAUGGCGACGACAACGUCAAGAAUAACGCAACAACGCGGACACACAACGAAAACGCGAACACGCGACGAGGAGGCGACAACGAAAUGCGACACAACGAUGGGAUGCCAACGCGGGACGACGAUGGCCGAGUAAUACAUUUCAAAUACAUCCCCACCUUGUCCCUCCUCUACCCCCUCCCUUUAAGAUAA